UAAAGAAAAUUUUGUUUAUAAUUAUGGAAACAAAACAUAUUGGAUGGAAUGAUUUUGAAACUGUUUGUAGAAUUUGUUUGGGGAAAAACAAAGAUAUGAUUUCAAUUUUUGAAAUUACAUUAAUUCCAAAUUUAAUAAAAACGUACAGGGAAAUGUUAGAAGAAUGUGCUUCAGUACAUAUAUCUGCUGAUGAUUUGUUACCCAAAAAUAUCUGUCUUGAAUGUUCAAACUAUUUGAAACAAUCUUAUAAAUUAAAAAUCCAAUAUUUAUCAACCCUAAAAUUAUUAGAAGAAAUUAUUACAAACGCACAACACCACAUAAAAUUAGAAGUUGCAAUAGAUGAAGAUGAUGAUUUUAAAAAUGAAGAUAAUUCUUUUAAUUUUUAUAAUUCAGAAGAAGCAACUACAAGUGACACUAUUAAAAAAGAAUUCAUUUCUGUUAAAGAUGAAUUCAUUCAUGACAAAGAAAUAGAAAUUAACGAUACAAAUGAUGCAAUAAAUGAUAAUGUUACAGAGAAGCACAAUAAAAUUAAAAAAUAUAAAUGUGAAGAAUGUGAAAUGAGAUUUCAUUUAAAAACAAAAUUAUAUAAACAUUUGAAACUAACGCAUUCAAUCAUAAUGAAAUGUAUGUACUGUGAUGAGAAUUUUCAUUCACUAGAUGAUGUAAGAAAACAUUCACCGGAAAUAAAUCGUUGUAAAAUAUGUAAACAAGAUUUUGGAUGCAAAAAUAUUUUAAAAGAGCAUUUAAAUGAACAUGUAACGUGCGAAAAGUGUGGUCAGAGAUUUCAAAGUUUAGAAUUGUGUAAUGAACAUCAAAAGACUCAUGCAGAUAAAUUUCAUUUAUGUCCGCAUUGUGGGAAAUCUUUUUCAAAUGUUUAUGAUUAUACAAUUCACGUACGAAGACAUACUGGAGAAAAACCUUAUCAUUGUACUCAAUGUGAUAGCAAAUUUACAGAUGGUAGCAACUUUCGUAAACAUUCUGUAACACAUUUAAACGAAAGAAACUUUGAAUGUGAAAUUUGUAAAAAUAAAUUCAAAAGUAAAAUUUAUUUAGCUAAACAUAAAAAACGUACGCAUGUGGAAGAGAGGAAUUAUUCUUGUGGUAUUUGUAAUAAAAAAUUUAAAACAUUGGAUUACUUAAAUAACCAUCAAUUUGUUCAUACCGGUGAACGUAAUUUUGUUUGUACUUACUGCAAUAAAGCAUUUUAUAAAAAAUAUAAUCUACAAUUACAUUUGCGGAUUCACACAGGAGAAAAACCAUUUAUCUGUACUUAUUGUGGGAAAACUUUUAGUCAUAAGCAUGUACUUAACGGUCAUAUGAAAACACAUUUCGAAUUGUCCAAAUAA